GACUUCUAGGAGCCUCCCUCACCUCGUCUGGACUUUGCCAGCAUACAAGACAGACUCCCCACCCCUCUUUGGGGUGGCUGGGAGGCAGGACUCUGCCGGGAAGCGGGAAGCGCCAGGCCACUCCUGCCUGAAUUCCCCGCCCACCUCCACUUGUCUGCUGGCUUGGUGACCGAGUCUGGCUGACUUCUCUGUUUCUCAGAGAAGGAACUGCUGUUCCUGGACAAGCGGGCCGCCUCUGGGUCACCUACACGGCUCUUGGCCUUGGCUGGCACAGGGGAGCAGGGCAACCGGCAGCAUCAGGGGACCAGGCGGAUGUGCUGCUAUGAGAGUUCCUUCCAGCCCGCCCAGUUCCUACUGCUGGUGGGAGUUCUGGUGGCGAGCGCCGUGCUCCUGGUGCAGUGCCUUCGAUGGCGCUGUCCUCGCCGGCUGCUGGGGGCCUGCUGGAAGCUGGAGAACCAAGAGGAGCCAGAGUCCCAUCCCACUCCCCCACCGGAAGAUGAGUCCUCCAGGGAAGGACCGCCAGCCACGCUGCAGGAGGUGGCUACCUUCUAUCAGGAACUGCACACGCCCACCCAAGGCCAGACCGUCAUCCGGCAGUUGAUGCACAAACUGUUGGUGUUUUCCGCUCGAGAGGUGGACCACCGCGGCGGCUGCCUGAUGCUCCAGGAUACGGGCAUUUCCCUGCUCAUUCCGCCAGGUGCUGUGUCUGUGGGCCGCCAGGAGCGGGUGUCGCUGACCCUGGUGUGGGAUCUGACGGAUGCCCCCUCGCUGUCCCGGGCUCAGGGGCUGGUGAGCCCCGUGGUGGCAUGCGGCCCCCACGGGGCCUCCUUCCUGAAGCCCUGCACCCUCACCUUCAAGCACUGUGCCCAGCAGCCCAGCCAGGCUCGUACCUACAGCAGCAACACCGCCCUGCUGGACGCCAAGGCCUGGAAGCCGCUGGGGCGGCCGGGAGACCACACCUCCCGGGAUGAAUGUCGCAUCCACCUCUCCCACUUCAGCCUCUACACCUGUGUGCUGGAGGCGCCGGCGGGCCGGGAAGCCCGAAAGUGGCUGCAGCUCGCCGUGUUCUGCUCGCCGCUGGCCCCGGGGCAGUCCCACCUGCAGCUGCGCGUCUACUUCCUCAACAACACGCCCUGCGCCCUGCAGUGGGCCGUGACCAACGAGCAGCCGCACGGCGGGCGCCUGCGCGGGCCCUGCCAGCUCUUCGACUUCACCGGGGCCCGAGGGGACCAAUACCUGAAACUCAAAUACAUCUCGGAGGGUUGGGAGAACGUGGACGACAGCAGUUGUCAGCUGGUGCCGCACCUGCACAUCUGGCACGGGAAGUGCCCCUUCCGCUCCUUCUGCUUCCGGAGAAAAGCAGCCAAUGAGAACGAGGACUGCUCGGCGCUGACCAAUGAGAUCAUUGUCACCAUGCACACCUUCCAGGAUGGCUUAGAGACCAAGUACAUGGAAAUCCUCAGGUUCCAGGCAUCGGAGGAGGAAUCCUGGGCAGCCCCACCCCCAGUCACCCAGCCACCCCCCUGCAAUAGGCUGCCCCCAGAGCUCUUCGAGCAGCUGCAGAUGUUGUUGGAGCCAAACAGCAUCACUGGCAAUGACUGGCGGCGAUUGGCCUCCCACCUGGGGCUCUGCGGUAUGAAAAUCCGGUUCAUGUCCUGUCAGCGCAGCCCCGCGGCAGCCAUCCUGGAGCUAUUUGAGGAGCAGAAUGGCAGCCUCCAGGAGCUGCACUACCUCAUGACCGUCAUGGAGCGGCUGGACUGCGCCUCCGUCAUCCAGAACUACCUGAACGGGACGCAAAGCGGCAGCCCACCCCGGCUGCGCGCCGGCGCCCAGGAGAACCAGGGCCUGGAGCUGGAUGAGAAGCUCUGAGCGCCCCGCCACGGCGCACGGUGUGGCUCUGUCCCCCGGGAGGCCGUGGAUGAUGUGCCCCGACCCCCAGGAAGCAAAACAGCUGCUCUUCCUGGAUGGACCCACCGACCUCAUCAGGACCCUCGGGUGGUUCCCCCAGGGCCACAGCGAGGCUGGACGCCACUGUGAGCCCCCGCCUUUCCGGACCACCCUUCUGGCCCGCUUCAUCCUGUGUGCAGAGCCCUUCCUGGCCGGCAGGGGGCGCAGGAGCCCAGGAGAUGGCCCCAGCCUGGCCGGCCUCCGGGAAGCUGUUUAAUAGACCAGUGGGCUGUUAGACUGCCCUGUCGGCACUCCUUGGGGACUGGUUAGUUCGCAGAGAAUUCCCCGAGCACUUAAGUGAUACUCAGCAUUGGACUGGGUAUCAUGGGAACUCCUGGAAUAAAUGAGGUCGGGUUUGGACCCUUGCAAAACCCCUCUGGGAAAGAUUGAAGCCCAGGAGGAGAAGGGGACGACAGAGGAUGAGAUGGUUGAAUGGCAUCAUCGACUUAAUGGACAUGAGUUUGGGUGAACUCCGGAAGUUGGUGACGGACGGGGAGGCCUGGCGUGCUGCAGUCCAUGGGGUCGCAAAGAGUCGGACACGGCUGAGCUGAACUGAACUGAACUGUACUGAAACCCCUCUUGGGGGAACCAAGAUGCCCUCUUGUAGGAGCAGAUGUAGGAGCAGAGGGCAAACUCCUAGCACUUGCCCUGUGGUUAGGGAUAUGAAUGUCACAUGAACUGUACCAGCAUAAGGAGUUGGGAAGGGAGGGCGCUGAGUAUGGGCUGGAGCCGUGAGAAAGCCUUGUGGAGGAUGUUGGAGAGAUGGUUUGCAGAGUGGCUCAGAGAUCUUUAGGUGGAGAAAGGCAGGGAGAUGACUGGACCUACAGUAGGAGCCAAAUGCUCAUUGGGUGCAGAGGCCUCAGGGAGCCCAGCACGGUGAGUGUGAGGCAGGGCAAGACCAGAGUUCAAGGCCAGAUCUAGAGAUGGGCAGUCACAGCUGCUGAUCCGCCUGUCUCCCCUGACUUCCUUUGUCUCUUUCCUCUCAUUCUUGCCUUGUCUUCCUCUCUCUCUGCCAUUAUCUCUGUCAUGAAACAUCAAAACUGGACAGAAACUUUCAAGAUUAUUAUUGUUGCCCAAACUUUUAAUUUCUUUUAUCGCAAACUGCGUGCAUUUUAAGUUUCUCUGACCUCAUGUUGCUGUCGCUGGCCCCUGCAGCAUCUCCAUCCCUGAAUCUCUCUGUCACUCCCAUGCUUUUGUGUGUUUCUUUUUCUCUCUGAAACCUGCAGUCAUUCCCCUCAGGCAAGUGUCUCUAAACCAUGGUUAAGUAUCAAGGCUACUGAAAGACACCAGACUACCCUAGGAAUGGAUGGGUGGGGAUUUUAUCUUGUGAAAGAAGAAAGUGUUAGUCACUCGGUCGUGUGUCUGACUCUUUGCAACCCUAUGGACUGUAGCCCACCAGGCUCCUAUGUCCAUGGAACUCUCCACGCCAGAAUACUGGAGUGGGUUGCCAUUCUCUUCUCCACGGGAUCUUCCAGACUCAGGGAUCGAACCCAGAUCUCCCACAUUGCAAUCGGAUUCUUGACUGUCUGAGCCACCAGGGAAGUCCUUUAUUGUGUGAGUCAGGAUCCAAUUUAGGAUCAGGAGAGAGAGGAUAGGGAUUAAAGAACAUCCCAUUUAGUCAACUAUUUAUUCAGCACCUACUGUGUGUUAGGCGCUGUAUAGAAAAUAAAUCAGUAGGCUGGGUCCUGAAAGGAGAACAAAGGAUUUGACUCUAUUCAAGCAGUUCUUUUGUUGGCAAAUAGGUGUUGUUAAAUUUUUCAAGAGCAGGCAAAUGAUCUCUCUGGCAACACUAACAAUUUGCUUCUGUAUUUAAUUAAAAAAAUAUUAAAGCUUUUUCUAUGAUGAACAAUAUUGUAUAAUAAAAUAUGAAAAUUG